AAAGCUAAUUGCACACCCAACCGAGAAACCAAGCCAGCGAGCGCAAGCAAUAAACAACACAUGCCCCACCUCGCCGCCGCCGCGGCAGUCCCCGCGGCGCGUCCCACGGAAGCGGGCCGCGUCGCGUUCCGGCGCCAUUGGAGCACGCCACUGCCGGAGCCUCCGCGCCUGCGCCUGCGCCUGCGCACGCGCGCGCGGGGCGUCCGGCGUGAGGACGGUGGCGGCGUGCGCACGGAGGAGCAGGAGCAGAGUCAGACUCAGACGGCACCGCGGACGUUCUACGAACUGCUCGGGAUCUCGUCGCGGGGGAGCCCCGAUGAUGUCCGGGCGGCCUACAGGAGGAUGGCUCUGAUGUACCACCCGGACGUGUCCCCGCCGGGCGCCGCGGCCGAGAACACCCGCCGCUUCAUCGAGGUGCAGGAGGCCUACGAGACGCUCUCCGACCCAAGCCGCCGCGCCAGCUACGACCGUGCGCUCGCCCGCGGCGUCUGCCGCAUCGGCUUCUCCGGGCGCCGUUCCCAGUCCCACCGCGCCUACUGCCACCACCAGGAGCAGGAAGACAAAUCUUGCUGGAGAAGGUCUUGGGAAGACCAGGUCGCAGAGCUGCAGAGGAGGAGCAUGGCAGAGGAUUCGGAAGAGAACCUGUCGUGGGGCGCUCGUAUGCGGAGAAGAAGGGCGGAGGCAUCAUCAGCAGCAGAGUAGCUAUUCCGUGACAGUAACCGUUCCAAUGCAGUUAUUUUAUACUCGUACCGUACGUAACAUCUGAACCGAAACGCAAUGAGAUCCUCUGCAGUAACCACGUAUGAGUCACUGACAUGUGGGGCCGAUCUAAAUUUGGACCCCACAUGUCGGUGAUGGGAAGUCCUCCAAUGUAAAUAGUAGAAACAUCAAUAACGAAGAAGCAAGCUAAGCUGUUCUUCCAGUA